AUGAGCAAAUAGAUGAAAUUCAAGUAUUAAGGGAACAUACAAAAAAUGUAAAUUGUUUGUUAUUUAUGGGGCAUUCUAAUUCUUUUGUGUCUUGUAGUGAUGAUCAACACCAUUAAAUUUUGGACAAAAAUGUAAAAUAAUUUAUGGAUAUCUUAAUAAACUCUAGAUCAGCAUACAGAUUAAGUUUAUUGUUUAAUUAUUGGUAAUAAAGAGGAUUUAAUUAUUUCUGGUAGUAAAGAUUAAUCAAUAAUCUUCUGGGGAAGAUAAAAUUAAUGGUUAAAGUUAUAAUCUAUAAAUACCCAUAAAGAUUGCUUAUAUAGUUUAUGUUUAAAUGAAUAAUCAAAUACAUUAAUUUCAUGCGGAAGAGAUAAUAAAAUAUUAGUAAUUAAACAAGAAAAUAUGAUUUGGGUUGUUACUUAAACAAUUGAAUUGGAAUCAUUUGGAUAUAGAGUAUGUUAUAUUAAUAACAAUACUUUUUCGUUUUAACCUAAUAAUAGUAAUAAACUAUAGAUCUAUUAAUUGAAAGAUAACUUAUAUCAUAAAGCUAAAGAAAUCUUGACUAUGGAUGGAAGUGAGUGUGAUUUAUUUUUCCCUUCAAAAUUUAUUAAACAGAAAUCAAUCUUGGUUAAUAAAAAUGGAAAAUAUGUGAACUUUCUAUACCUAAAUUAGAAUUUUGAAUUUAAUCUUGCUCACUCAAUUCAGUAUAAUAAUUCUUAAGUUUUUGGAACGGUUAGUGAGGAUGGUGAAUAUUUACUUACAUGGGAUAGUGAAGUAAAAGAAAUAUCAAUAAAAAAAUGCAUUAAUUGA